GUUGAUACUGCCUUGGCACAUACAUGCACGCGAGGCGAAAGAGAGGUACCAAAUCAGACUUCGGAGUCGAGCCGAGAAAGUGCACCAAAAGACAAGCUCAAACAACAAGACUUCAACUAAAUGACAAGACACUUGCACUAACCGGAACGAAAACAAGGUACAGGAGCCUAAGAGAGAUUGUUUGAAGGAUGUGGCGACAUAGGGGAACAACAAAUGCAGGAUAAAGUUCAAUAGAUGCUCGUUCCAGCCGUGCAGCAGUUUUAGUAUGGUUCUGCUUCUGUAUCUGGUACUGGCUGUCACUCACUACUCAAUGUACAAUUCCCGUACAGUGCACAUAAGUCAAACCCAGGACUCCGAAUCAUACCGUAACCUACUCACAACUGGCUCCUGGGAAGAUCGUUAUAGUGGAAUCAUACUUCAGCCGGUCCAGGGCAGCAAGGCAGAGUACCAGUACAGGGCAAGAUCCGGUACAGGAAUAAAUAGAACAGACCAAACAAAUAUCUGAAUAGCGGCGAGCUAGAACAUUUCUUCGUGUGCGUGCAGACUACAUAUGCUCAAAUUGGACAUAGCGGGAUGAGCCUCUCAGCCUGUUUAGGCACAUCUCGGCCAGUGCGUUAAAGGUUAGGCCUGUUCAGGGCAUGGAUUGGCGGUGGUGCACUGCAAUGCCCCUGGAUUGGACCGGCGACCGUGCUGACGGCUCGAGAUUAGCGCACUGCAGGGCGGGUCUUAGGGGACGAAGUGGGGGAGACGGCAGCGCAGAACAGGGGCAGGGGUACGCUGUAAGGUUGCGGGAAGGCUCUCCGUGGGGAGUAGCCUCCGCUAUUCGUACGGGGUGGAGGGCACGGCUUCAGCCCACGGUAGCCCACGAUUCCACUCACAUCCUCUGUUCUGUACCAGAUAUUCACAUCCCAACAUCCCAUUACCAGGCAAGGAAAAGCUCAAGCCGUGUACUGAACCACUGCAAUCCAUCCCGUCACCCCGCCAGUGCCUAGCAUCCUUCCAUACAGCCCUGUAAAGCUUGGGCAUGGCUGGUAUGACUGCUGGUAUCAUGCUACACGGCAACGGUAGCAUACGCUGCCUUUCCUAUCAAAAGCAUGAUGGGAUGUUUGCUAGCAAAAGAUCUGACAUCAACAUGACAGGAGAUGCAGAAUGAAUGCCGAGUGCAAUCAUGGCACUUACUGACCUGAGUCUUGUGAGGUUUUCCCGUGGUAUCAGAGCACACUCAAGCAUUUUAGCUUGUAGACCGGCCCAAGAAUCCACAUCACUGAUCUGUAGUUGUCAGGAAGGUACCGAGCUGUCAAAGAGCAAAGCUACGCAGCAUAGAACAGCCAGCGCUAUCAGGCUAGGCUCAACAGACAAACAUCAAAAUAUACGCAGCGCCUAUCUCUAGCCUACCUCUUAACUUCCAGGAUACCUGUUCCUCUCUAGCAUCCUCGCUCGUUCGCUGGUUCGUUUCCUCUUCUCGUGUCCACUGUCAAAGCCUCCCAUGGCUCAUCGCCGCAGCCCCGUGCUGGCCACUUAGUCCAUCACCGAACUGUGCAUGAGGCGUGUAUUUCUUGAUUUACUUGUCCGCCAAUGGCAAUUGCACAACAAAAUAAGCUAUGCAGAGCUGUACUGGGAUUUCCCAGCGCCUCUCUCGAGCCCUGCGAACAGACGGUCAGGUCCUCUGCCUAGCGACUCGUUGUUCACUCCCUCCGCCAUGCCACUUAGUCUGCCUCUGCUGUCCUGUCUUGUCUCGUUGAACAUGAACACUAUGACACUACCACUCUCAAAAUCAUGUGGGGUAGGACAGAAACAGUACUGAUCAGACAGCCAGGGGCAAGGAAGGGGUAGGUCAAAGGGGUGGGUGGGUGCUGUGCAGUGCGGCUGGAAAAGACGACAGACGAUCAUUGCUUUGAGAUUCAGUACAUACAAGAAGUAGAUAAAUCCAAAGGCCGAAAGUCAACAUCUAAACAUAUCCAGGACCCAUACAUACCCACCACUGCACUUACAGGGCAGACACAAGGAUCUAAUCUGCUUCCAGGUUACGACGCUGGCCUGCGUAAAUUGGCCGGCAUUGAUUGAGGCGGGCUGAAAAUACACAACUCUCGUUUGCAUACUUCCCUGCUUUAUCCUAUCUUUUGGGAACACAUUCGAGCCCCUUCGACCUCGGUCAUAACUUGGACAUACUAUCCGUUUGCGUUUACCAUAAUCCACAAGGAUCGAGUUCGUCGUCGCACCAAGUCCAGGCGUGCAUUGCAAGCAUACAAAAAGUACAUCGUUCGUUCGAAAGUUGCUUGACCGGAAAAAAGUUCGGCUCUGGUACUUGUUUGAAACCUUUCUGUGUCGAUUCUCAGCAAUUUCGGAAAUCGAGAUUUGAUAUCUCAACGACACGCACCUACCUCCAAACAACACUUCCAAACUUCGCGUCUUCAACACUCCCUACCAUUCCACUACUACACCUACCUACAUCUUGGAUAAGUCUACUUCGGCACACAAUUUUGUGAUUAGUCGAUCGUGAAGAAAUAUAUAAUUGCUCGAGGGUCAAACGAUGAACCAGCCCCUUUUGUCGAUAUCAUGAUCUUCUGCACGUAUUGUGGAAAGAGCUUCACAAGAAAGGAGCAUCUCGAGAGACAUAUACCUAGUCGUAAGUACCACCAGCUUCUUCCAGAUUCUUCAAGCUCACAUGCCCUCGAAUCCAUCACUAAUACACCCCAUCAGAUACGAAUGUCAAACCCCAUCGCUGCACUCUCUGCCAACUAUCGUUUCCCAGAAGGUAAACAAACUUCAGAGCUUGACGAGACAGGACUUUCAAUUUACUUACCAAAUUAUAACAGAGAUCUCCUCCAACGCCACCACUUCACGUACCACGAAGCUAAAGACCCAAUGCAAGCAGCACCAGGAGCCGUUCCGUCUAUAGGAGGACGCACCCCUAUCGCCUGCAUCAACUGCGCCAAUGCAAAGACCGGCUGCGACAAAGCCGUACCCUGUUCCCGCUGCGCAGAUAAGAAUUUACCCUGUGAAGCACGAUUCGCUCGUCGUUCGGGAAAGGCAUCUAUGCGAUCAGCCAGUCUGUCUGGUGCGAUUUCCGCAGCGCGGAACAGUGGGUCGCCAACAACAACAAAUCGGUUAGCUCCCAAAGAACCUGUUCAGGCGCAAGCAACACAAACUCCUACCAUUGCGCCGGCGGGAAGUCCAUUGGAGGCCAACAAAGUCCAAGGGAGUCCGCAGAAUGUCGUUCAAACACCAGUGCACAAUAUGCAGGUUCUGAGUUUUGGAAAUUCGCCGUUCAAUACUUCGCCGAGCGAAAGUGUAAGGGGUAUGGACACCUUCAUGUGUCUCAGUGAUGAAGAUAUGCUCAAUGCGGAGACCGGCUAUCAGGACCUCAUGAUGUGGAAUCAAUAUCCCUCUGACCUGGAGAUGUUUUCGGAUACCAUGAAUGGCAAGAUUGAUGUUCCGUUCAUGGACAUAGCGGGGUCGUAUCCCAGCUCUGAUGCCUUGACUUCCAUCCAUUCGUCGAUCUCUGUCCCUCAUACGGUAUCUACCAGUAUCCCAUCACAAGCUGACUUCGAACGACCGUUCAAGCUUGUUGAGGCGAGUGGUCUCAUGAGUGGAGAUUCCAUGAUGCCUGAGUUCGAGGUUGUCAUCGCAGCUGAAGCCGCUUGGCCGCUUGCUCGUUGUAAUCGGCCCAUUUUCUCAGGCUCAUGUCCCCGAACCGCUAUUCUGCAUCUGGAGAAUCUCGAACAGCACUCCAGAUACGAAAGUACGUGGAAGCUACUGGACAGUAACAUAGACUCCACUGAGAUCGACUACAAGAAUCAGAUAUCAGUUGUUCCUUUCUCAUCCGGCACCCGAGACCGCAUACUGGCGAUUACUCAGAGCUUCCUGCACACUGCUCUCGAGACUCAUCGUGGUGGAAUGAAAACUUGGGAUAAAGGGAGUCCGCAUGGGAGUUUCAACUUUCUUGUCCUUCCUCCCUCUAAGGUCUUGGAAUAUUUUCUCCGCAGCUAUGUCCGCAGUCUCGCGCCAUAUUACACGCUCAUCAACGGCGGUGCUCUUGAUCCCAACGAGUUGAUGAUGAAUAACCAAGCGUCUACUCUUCUCCUGCUUUUGAUGAUCGCCAGUGGUGCGACUGCGGUCCAGACACCCGAAGCGAGGUGUCUUACUGCGGGGUUGACCGAGACCUGUCGCAUCUCGCUUUUCAACAUCAUCGAAAGAGAUGUUGAACUUUCGGCUGAUCCGGUGGUUUUGAGGUGUGCUCUGCUGUUUACUAUCCUUGGUGCUUGGAGUGGUGAUGCAUGGCAUAUGAAUAUUGCCAUGGGCCAGAGAGGCAUGUAUCUCGCUAUGUUGAAGCAUGCUGGUAUGCUGGAGUCUUCAGUUCAAAUGUCCAUAUCGACAGAUCCGUCGAAUAUGGAACUUCAAUGGAGAGCAUGGCAGCACCAGGAAAGUAAGAACAGGUUAGUGUACAACUGGGUGAUGGUGGAUCAGGAGUUGAGCCUGUUCCAUGACACAGCACCUAUCCUAUCCAUCACGGAGCUGCAGACCCCGAUGCCUGGGAUGGAAUGCCUGUGGCUCGCCAAAGACUCCACUGAAUGGCUCGCUGCCCUGCAACAAACAAACAACAUCAACAACACCGGCUCAGGCUGGGGAAGUCCCAACUCCCCACUGGAAAUUCAUCCUCUCACACCUUCGCUGUGCGAUCUGUUCCAGGACAUGCUCCAUGAUAACAUCGAUCGUCGUUACGAGCAACUUUCUCCUCUUCAGCUAAAGCUGCUCUUACACCCCCUCCAAUCUCUACUAUGCCACCUCCGGCAAGUCCUCUCCUGCUUCUCUGAUUUCUUCGGCGCCCGUCGCGGAAGCAGAACAGUCACCAAAGCAAGCACCCUCCUCCGGCUUGAAGAAGUACAAUCCCUCUUGCAAAAAUGGUACGAGCUGUGCGCUGUCCACGCAAAAGCUGACCCGACCUGCCCCGUCACGCGAGCAAGCCUCGUUCUCUAUCACCUCAUCAGCCUCAAUGCCGUGACUUCAUUCCCUGAGAUCGAACGCCUUGCAAGACGUGAGGCCUUCGAUGGAUCGAGUCGUGAGCUUGGACUCAGGUAUAGACGGUGUAUCCACCAACCCGAAGAAGUCCUCGUUCAUUGCGGACAGGUCAUCCGCCUUGUGAGUUCGAUGCCUAAAGAGGGGCGACCACAUUGGUGGUCUACGGCCAUCUAUCGUGCGUGCUUGAUUCUCUGGGUCGAGAGUCUGUCGCGAGUGGAUGCUAAUUCCCAGCGCAUGGAGAAGGGUCCAAUGUUCGCGAUUGAUGCGGUAAUGCCGGAUGAUAGGUCGGUGGUGAGUUAUUUGUGGAAUGGAGAGGGAGUUCCUGUUUUGACGGCGGUCAAAGGAGAGGGUGAGAUGGAGCGGGAGACAUACGUGCAAUUGGUGCCAGAUGAGGUGUUGGGUCAUGCGGUGGGGCUGUUGGAGCAGGGUGUUGCUGCGAGGGUGAGUGAUGGGAUUAAGAGGAAGUUGCAGGAGCUGGGGAGGACUUGGAGUUUGCCGUUGAGUUGAAAAUAACUUCUUCCUCCUUGUCGUCGCUUGUCAGUGUCGGACAAUGGCGUGUGGUUGUUCUAAAUUUCAUUCUCGCUUAUUCGGUUGAGUGUUGUCCUCGACCAGCUUUGACGUCGGGUAUGCGGAGGCAGGAGUUCUGCUUUCUUUGUUGACGUUUGGUUUGAGAUAACUAAAUGUGAUGUAAUGUAUCAUCUGGCUGGGUUAGGUUUGGCAGGGAGGCGUAGUCUGAAGAGCGAUAUGAACGGUUGAUGAUUGAUCUACAUUGCCUCUUGACUCGUUCUGCAUGUGGUGAUUUGUCCUGUCCCAGUAGAGCGAACAGAUUUUCAGUAACUCCGUUUUUCCCCUUCGUCUCCAUCUCCUUUUCUUUCUUUGUAUGAAGCGAAGCCUGAACGGGAGGACGGGAUCAGAGUGUUGUUCCGAAAAUGAUAGAUGCUGGACGGUGCAUGAUGCGGUGGAGAUUCGACAAGACCUGAUGCAAUGUAAAAGACCAGAGUGCGUCUUUCGUCGACAUCAUUCACAGACCGACGAGCACGGUGGGAUGAGAAUCUCGACAACAGCAGAGGGCGACGACUCGGCGAAGCGAGGAAGCGAGGUAUGAUGUAGCAGUGAGGCAGACAUCUCUCCCAAUUUUCGAGGUGGUACAUCGAAGUUUGUUAUCUCCUUGUCGCCGCCCUCUUCGAAUCGGAGUUCCAAUGCUGACUAGCUGGACCCGUUCGCUCGCUCUGUGCCGUUCGAUUGGGUUAGGUUCCGCCAGUUCAUUAUCUCACAUAAGUCCAUGCUGCCACUGCAGUAGCUUUAAGCCAUGUGGGAAGUCGUCUCGUGGUUGAGGGUGAGAAGGUACGAGAGAGUGCGAGGUGGUAGGUGGGUGGAUGGGUGGUUGUUUGAUUGGCAGUAGAAUGAUUUGAUAAUGGAUGUAAUUGGCUUGUAUUGUCGUUUGAAUUUGAGUUUGAUGGUAUUGGAGUGAAGUGUUCUUGAGUGUGGUGAUGGAAUGCUAUGGGACGAGACACCAGUGCCCGGUGGGCGCUGGAGGGAAACUGGUGUGCCCAACUUGGGGGGUGAUGAACAUAAAAGUCCAUGAAGCCUUGAGUGAAAGCAAAUAGGGUAUAUGUUGAUGAUGAUGAAGUACUGGCCUCGCCGUAGUCUUGACCAGAGGGUCGUUGUUGGUGUUGUUAUUGGCAGGUGAUGGAGCGAUCCAGCGAAUGCUGGUCUUGUGACCCUGCUUAGGUCCUGGAUGAAGGUUUGGGCUUCCAUGGUUGGACAUCGUGGUCGUUGUUGUCAUAGAAGGAUCUCCAGCAGUAAGUCGAACUCGAGGGUAUUGCUGCUGGUGGGCUUGGGAGGGCUAUGUAUACCGUGCGCAGUGGGUGGUUCUUGACUUGGAACAGGGAAAUGACUGAACUGUUUUUGUAUGGUGGAGCAUGAUGGAGGUUGUUGAUAUCCAUGUGAUAUAUCGCUCAACAGUCAAUUGUUCCGAGGUCUGGGCCAACUCGUGGGGGUGUAAUCAUGGCAGGUAAUGGAGAGUACGUGUGGUGGUGGUGCGGGGUUGACGAUGUUGG